UAAAAGAAUACAUGCACAGCACGUCAACGUCACCCCCCCCCCCCUUUGUGAUGCCGGUUUACACACUUGCAAGUCGUCGAGAUCGUGGCCUGGCCAGUGCCACUCGUUACCCAAUUUGAUAGUAGUCGGCCAACGUUGUUGUGCUGCAGUGGGGUAUCUUUCGGCUAAUCGAUACACUGCUACCACCUUCCAGCAUUUGACGUCACGUGAUGAUGGCUACCCAACAGGAAGCAACCAGGAAGAGGACUGCCAGAUGCUGUAGCGACGGGAGGUUUGCCUUGUUCUCAGCGUAUGAGGUGGGCUACAAUUGACUUUAAUAGUUUUUUUCAAGAAUGACAAGAACAGUAUGCGGGUGGCAAAAAAACAUCACAUUGACUGGCACCUCCUGGUCGAUUUGAGCCCGCUCGGCCUGGCUUCGCGCGGCCACCAGCACCGAAAGCGCCAUUUCACAUGCUGCGGCCGUGUCGUUGCACGACGUGCCUGACCUCACACAUGGCCGGCAUGUGCUCCGCGCUCAAUCUUUACGUGCUGUCCUAUGAUGGAAAGGCGAGUUGGUGCGAGGCUUCAUCGAGUCCGCUAGACCGGGGGCGCCCGCCGUUCGAUCGACGUUAUCUACUGUAGUCUCACUUUUGCUUUAGCGUACCGCACGAUGGCGUCCUCGCCCGCAGGACCGUAUUCGAACCUGCCGGAAGUAUCUCCGCCCAUACUCGAACGCUCGAUCCUCGAGAGCGGAUACACUCGCGAGAGUGGUCGGACCAUCCCCAAUGGCACGUCGGACUAUUCCAGCAACGCGGCCAGCAACAGUCUCCACUGUCGAAAUGUGACGGCCAAGUACGAGGAGUACAUCAAUCCGUGCGUACUCAGUUGGAGCGAUCUGAGCUACGCCGUGCCGGGUAAAAAGACGGCCAAGAACCCGUACGGCAAGAAGACCAUUCUGGAUAAAGUCAGCGGACGCAGCGCCCCCGGAGACCUCACGGCCAUCAUGGGCCCGUCUGGAUCAGGCAAAACCACGCUCGUCGACUUGUUGGCCGACCGUAUCAGCUCCGGCCUCGUGACCGGCACCAUCGAGCUGAACGGCACGGACCGCGUGACCAAGACGUUCCGAGCCGUGACCAGUUACGUGGCCCAAGAAGACACGCUACUGGGCUCGUUCACAGUAGUGGAGACCAUGAAGAUGGCGGCCCGACUAAGUCUGCCCAACAGUGUGGUGAUGACAGACAUCCACUCGCGCGUAGAGAGCGUCAUGGACGCGAUGGGGCUCGGAGCCUGCCGAAACACUUUGGUCGGCGACAUCUUCCGGAAAGGUUUGUCCGGUGGCCAGAAGCGAAGACUCAGUAUCGCCAUUGAGCUGCUGUCGAACCCGAGCAUUCUCAUUCUGGACGAGCCCACGAGUGGCCUCGACUCCAGCUCGGCACACAACGUCAUGAAGUACAUUCUAAAGCUCUGCGGUGAAGGCAAGAACGUAUUGUGCACGAUCCACCAGCCGUCGUCGCUGGUCUACGACAUGUUCACGAAUGUGAUCGUGCUGUCUUUGGGCCAGAUCGUGUACUGCGGAUCUCGCUCCAACAUGAUCCCACACUUUGCUUCCAUUGGGUUCAACUGUCCCAAGUACAUGAACCCGGCCGAGUACUUUGUGAACCUGGUAAACACGGACUUUGAGGACCACGUGGACGUCACUAAACUGGUGCAUGCGUACACCCAGAGCAACGUUAAGAAGCAGCUUCUAGACCAACUCUCGGCCGACCGGGCCACGCUACAGAACCUGCCGGAUAUCGAGCUGAGACCUUCAUCCGCGAUGCGCCAGUUCAGUGUGCUCAUGUACCGCAACACGCUCAACAACAUCCGCAACCCGGGGAUCUACUGGAUCCGGUUGUUCAUGUACUUCUGCUUGAGCUUCAUGGUUGGCACAAUGUACCUGAGCACGAACGACGACUUGACGGAGGAAGACCUGGUGCCACUGCUGUUCUACGUCCAGGCGUUCCUGGUGUUCAUGUCUGUGGCCGUACUGCCGUUCUUCAUUGAACAGCGUGCAGUGUUUGCUCGUGAACGUGCCAACAGUUCAUUGAGUGUGGUGAGUUACGUGUGUGCCAACUUCUUGGCUACACUACCGGGUAUCUUCCUUAUCGCAGCGAUGUCGACGGCUCUGGUGGUGCUUCUGGCGGGUCUGAACGCGUUCGAAUAUUUCCUAUUGAACCUGUUCCUGUCACUGGUGGUAUCCGAGUCGAUGAUGCACGUGAUCGGAGCUGCCGUUCCGCACUACAUCAUCGGUAUCGCAUUGGGUGCCGGUGUGUUCGGUAUGUUCAUGCUGUGCGAGGGUUUCAUGGUUCCUCGAGACUCGAUCCCGGACUACUGGAUCUGGGGCUACUACCUGGCGUUCCACUCGUACUCGUUCGAGUCAUUUGUGUUCAAGCAAUUUGAGAACGAAACAUCAGAGGAAGCCAAGGCGAUCUUAGCGAAAUACGGCAUGGAGAACGUGGACGUCAUGCAGGACAUGUUGUAUCUGGUGGCGUACGUGGCUGGUUUCCAGCUCAUUUUCAUGUUUAUCCUGUGGAAAUUCCACACAGGUCGUCGUUGAGGUGGCGUGUAGCUGAUGUUUAAAGCAAGUAACGUAUGAAUAAUUGAACUCUGUAGUCAUGAAUCGAUCAAUAUUUGUGAUAAAAUGAAGUCAUGAAGUCAUGAACACG